CCAUUUGUAUGUUUUCCUUUGAAUGAGGAGAUUAGCCAGUGGAAUGUUAAUAGCCACCAAAAAUACAAUAAGGAAAAGAGAAAAAAUGUUGUGUAUAGUGGCUUGGAGGUUCGUAUGGUGCCCAAUUUUUUUUGCAUCUUUUUUAGCAGCGGGAGCUGCUUUCUCUGGAAUAUUUAAUGCUUUUAGUGACUUUGAGCAGUUCCAGUUCACCCGGAGCCAUGCACCAGAGCUAGGAAAAGCCACUCUUCACCCUAACUUGUACUUUAGCCAAGAUGAUGUACCGCUGUUGAGACAAAGGUCAACCACAAGUCAUAACCACGUUUUUAAAGUCAUCCGGGCAGCAGUGUUGACUAUGCUCUCCUCAAGGCCGCUUUACAUGCCUCCAGCAAAGCACAGCGAGUUCACAAACAAUUGGAAUGAGAUUUAUGGCAACAACCUCCCACCUCUGGCUCUCUACUGUUUGCUGUAUCCUGAAGACACUGCUACCUUACAAUUUCUGUUUAAGUUUAUGGACAGAAUGUCAGAAUAUCCAGACUGGAAAGUAACCAGUGCACCUAAUGAAGAAGUGCCGACAGCUCAUUCACUCAGCGGAUUUGCUACUGCUUUUGACUUCAUCUACUCGUUUCUGGAUGAACAACGCCGGGAGCUCUAUUUGAAGAGAAUACGUUCUGAAACCGAAGAACUCUACACGAUGUCAGAGUACAGGGGAUGGGGGAAACACUUUUUACAAAAUCAUCAAACCACCAAUAUUGUAGCUAUUUUGACGGGUGCAAUAGUUCUGGGUGCACAUGACACAAAGUCGAUGACUUGGAAACAGGUGUCUGUAAAUUACAUGGAAAAGACAAUGUUUUUGUUGAACCAUGUUGUUGAUGGCUCUUUGGACGAGGGAGUGGCAUUUGGUAGUUACACAGCAAAAUCUAUCACACAGUAUGUUUUUCUAGCCCAGCGCCACUUCAACAUAGACAACACAAAGAACAACUGGCUUCGAAAUCAUUUCUGGUUUUAUUAUGCCACUUUGCUGCCAGGCUUUCAGAGAACGGUUGGCAUAGGGGACUCAAACUACAACUGGUUCUAUGGACCAGAGAGCCAAUUAGUUUUUUUAGAUUCUUUUGUGAUUAAGAAUGGGUCAGGAAACUGGCUAGCACAGCAGAUAAGGAAGCAUAGACCCAAAGAUGGUCCUUUAGGUCAGUCCUUUGCCCAGCGCUGGGCAACCCUUCAUACAGAGUUUAUCUGGUAUAAUGCCGGACUUAUACCACAGCCCCCUGUUGGGAACAGUCAGGCUAAGAUGCACAUAUUCUCAGACUGGGGUGUGGUGACUUACGGGGCCGGUUUACCUAUGGUUCAAGGGAAUACCUUUGUCUCGUUUAAAUCUGGAAAGCUGGGUGGUCGGGCAGUAUUUGACAUCGUCCAUACCAAAGCUUACUCGUGGGUGGAUGGCUGGAAUAGCUUUAACCCUGGUCAUGAGCAUCCGGACCAAAACUCAUUUACUUUUGCUCCUAAUGGACAAGUAUUUGUUUCUGAGGCUUUAUAUGGCCCCAAAUACAGCUACUUAAACAACGUGUUGGUGUUCAGCCCCUCUCCAACAAGCCAAUGUAAUGCUCCUUGGGAAGGGCAGCUUGGGGAGUGUGCUAAGUGGCUGCGAUGGACUGACAAAGGUGUCGGAGACUGUGCAGGAGAGGUAAUCACUGCCUCCGCACACAGAGACACUAUGUUUGUGAGUGGGGAGGCGGUAGCGGCAUAUUCCACAGCUAUGAAAUUAAGGAGUGUGUACCGAGCACUGGUUCUUCUGAACUCACAGACUCUUCUGGUAGUCGACCAUGUUGAGAAAAGGGAGGACUCACCAGUGAACAAUGUCAGUGCAUUUUUUCACAACCUGGACAUUGACUUUAAAUAUGUCCCCCAUAGGUUUAAAGACAUAUAUAAUGGGGCAUUGAUGGAUGUCUGGGAUGCUCACUACAAAAUGUUUUGGUUCGAUGAUCAGGGCUACAGCCCCAAUACACAGAUACAGGAGGUAGAGCAGGCGGCGGAGUUCAAAAAGAGAUGGACACAGUUUAUCAACGUCACCUUUCCUUUCACAGGUUCAGUUGUUAGAAUGGCUUAUGUAAUGCAUGGGCCUUACAUUAAGGUUUCCAACUGCAGGGUCAUUGAAAACAGUAAGAAUGGAAUCAAACUUUCCAUCAUCAUAAACAAUACUGAGAAAAUAGUCUCUAUAGUAACCAAUCACAAAGACAUUGGGGCCCGUUCAGGCUAUCUGGGAUUUGGGGGCUAUGCUAAGAUCGAAGACCAACAUCACACUAUCCGUUUUGGCUUGGGGGCGCAUCUUGUCAAAAAACAGACAACGCUACACAAUCAUCUGUUUGACUAAGGAUUUAUGGUAAAUGUUUUAGCCGGGGUAAUACUGUUUGUGGCCAUUGUAAUUCUGACCCUGCAGCGCAAAAUGUAUGUUUGCUUUAGUAGACUGUUGCGCUACGCUCUGCUCUCUGUGUUGCUGCUGUGGACCAGCGAGCUGCUGUUUGUGUCAAACAGCUGUGACCAGCUCCUGUGUCGGGUGAAGUGGCGAGGAUCCACCACUGACCCUAAACUCGGCAAGCAAAUGAACCUCCUUCUACCCACCGUAGUGAUAACAACCCUACCUGGCUCUGGAUCAGACAUACUGAAGCAGCUUUUUUACAACAAUACAGACUUUGUCUACUUAAGCAUUCCUACAGAACACUUGGAUAUACCAGAAACAGAGUUUGAAUUUGACUCUUUAGUAGAUGCUUGUGAAUGGACUCGGUCAGAAGCCGAGCAUGGGCGUUUUAAAAUGAUUCAGGCCUGGCUACAUUCACUGGUCCACAACACCCACGUAUUCUUGCAAAAUAUUCCACUCUAUGAAAGCAGCCAUAUCAAACAGACCCCGAGAGUUAAUCUCCCUCACAAGAGGAAAAGGCUGAGAAGAAGAGAGUCAGUGGCUGAAAUAAAAGGACGUGCGCGAGCUGCUUUGGACAGAGACAUUGAGUAUGUGAGAGAGCUGAGGAAACACACGGCAGAACACCCAAAUGCCUGUGUUGUUCUGAAUCUGUGCAGUGGCAGUUGGGCUCUUAAACUGCCCUUUGUCCAAGAAGUUGUUGGCACUUCUCUUAGGGCCAUCCAUAUCAUCAGGGACCCUCGAGCAUGGAUCUACAUGAUGCUAUAUAACAGCAAACCUAGCCUCUAUGCCCUUAAAAACAUCCAACAGCACCUAGCUCUUAUGUUUCAACAAGACAUGCUUGGAGACAAAUGUACAAAGUUUGCGGCUGAAUUUAGGAUGCUGUGGCGCCUCACAUCGCGUUCAGAGACCAAUCCUGUAUUGUUGCUGGCCCAUCUGUGGCUUGCUCACACCACUGCUGUUCUAAGAGUUACAGCGACCUUACCUGAGGAUUCCUAUCUCCAAGUCAGGUUUGAGGAUGUUGUAAAUUAUCCGCAAGACACAGCUCAGAAAAUACACUCCUUCUUAGGGAUCCCUGUGUCACCCUCAGCUUUAAACCAGCUUGAGUUCACCACAUCCACAAACUUGUAUAACUUAAUGUAUGAGGGCGAAAUAUCACCAGACAAAAUUAACAUAUGGAGUAAAAAUUUGCCAAGGAGAGAUAUUAGACUCAUUGAGGACACAUGUGGGUUCCUGAUGAAACAACUUGGGUAUCAAAGAUUCCCUGAUGAUUAGCUGCAGGCCAGCUGUUGUUGUGGGUUUAAAAAAGUUUUUUUGUGUUGAAUGUAGAAUUGAUUUGAAUUGCAAAUUAGGGUAAUUACAAAUUAUAGGCAAAUUACAGUACGAUUGUUAGAGCUGCACAAUUAAUCGUCAAACACCCACACGAUCCGCGUGCUGCCGUUAUAGCAGAGAAAGCAGUUUUGAACGCAGACAAAUCAGAGUGCGCGCUUAUAGCUAUCAUUACGGCAAUAUCAGGUCAAUGAAAGAGUGUGCUGCACUUAUUACUGUUAUUUACUAUAAUAGAGAAGCUGCACUAUCAGAGUGCUUUCAUCAAGUUGACCAGCAAGUUUUGAGGAAACAGCAUAACAAAAUGUCAUGUUUUCAUCUUAUUUUUACUGUUUAUAGGUUAGAAUAGGCAUGUUCUAUCGAUUGUAUCUUUCUUUAAAGAGAUCUCCAAGCAAUCUGUAUAUGAAACAUAAUGACAAGGUUAUUUGCAUAUAAUGACAUUAGCAAAUUGAUAAAUCUUUCUUUCUCUCAGACCUCUAAUUGAAAAUGUCACCUUAUCAAUUUGUUCUUCUGUAGCAAAAUUUAAUAAAUAUACAUGUAACUUUAAUGCACUAAUUCUGUUUAGGAGGUUUAACUUUUGCAGUUGAAGUAUUAUGAAAAUUAUGAAAAUUAGCAUGGUUUUAAUGUAGCUACGGUAUUGGUUGUAAAAUUACAGUAAGCACUAAUGUACCAUUUUCUCAUUAUAGUAACUAUAGUGGUACAACCAUAAAUAAUUUUCAAGCAAAGACCUAAAAAAGAGAAAGAAAAAGAUAUUCAUCUCACAGGGACCUUAAUAUUUUGUCAGAACCUCUAGUAUAUUACAUUAUUUUUAGCUGUCAGAAUAGUAGGAGAAUCGUGAUGUCUAUUUGAGACAAAAGAAUUGUGAUUUUUAAUUUAUCCAGAAUCGUGCAGCUCUAAUGGUUGUAUUUGUUAACAACUAAUUAAUGCAUCGAGUAACAUGAACUAACCAUGUAGAUUUCUCAGCUUUUAUUUAUGUUAGUGUUUGUUCAUUUCAAUGUUAACUAAUACAUUUAUAAAAAAAAUUAAAAUAUGACAAUUUAGUUAAUGCACUAUGAACUAACAUGAACAAUUGAAUUGAGAUAAACCAACAUAAACAAGAAUGAAUAAAUGCUGAAAAACUAUAUUGCUCAUUGUUCGUUCAUGUUAGUUAAUGCAUUUACUAAAGAAUUAGCCAAAUUAUAUCAAAAUGCCUUCAAGAAUGCUUUGCCUUUUCUUUCUUUAAUGUCUUAUGUGUCCAUUUUGUCUUGUUUUCCUCUGUUAUUUCUUUCCAACAAAGCCCUCACAAGCACUCUUUUUUUAGUGGUGCACCGAAAUGAAAAUUCAGGAUGCACUUGGCCGAAAACCGUAACCGAAAAUGACUUUUAAAAAACUUAUAAAAAUAGUUUUUAUAUAAUUGUAUUAAUUACACACACUAAAACCACAAAAAAAUUAAAAGAACAUAUUUUAAAAUAGUACUAAACAUAUUAUUUUUCCUUGGUCAUUUCAACAAUCAACUAUAAAAAAAAUUACCAAUCAUCUAAACAUUGUAGUUUUACAAUUAUUAUAUGCAUAACAGUAGUCAAGUUGCAGUCAAACUCAGCAGCUCUUGCUAAUGCAAGAACUUUAUAUAUGGUGCACAAUCAUUUUAACGAGAACAACAGGCAGACCACAGAGGGGCAGUGUGUCUGUUCAUGUAAACAGGCUUAAAAGGAGCUUCAGUGAUAACAACACCUGCCGGAUGACAGUUCUCAUGUAAUACAUCAUCAGUUACUGAAAGAUCGUUCCGCUGAUCAUGUAUAUUUGAAGAGUGUUAUGUUUAAAGCUGAUUGGCUUUAAAACGUGCACAAGUCAAUGCAUCACACAGAGCUUGCGGGUCAUUUUCUGUCAGCUGGUUUUGAGCUUUUAUUGAUAUUUGUAUUUGUUUUAGCCUUUGUUAUGGCGCACUUACAUGAUCAUCCUUUUAUAACAGACAGAGUGAAAGCGAGCACUGAAGGGAGAAGAGGGGGUGCUAGAUAUUUCAGCUUUUAUUUCUGCCUAUUUUUUUUCUUCAAAAAUGCAUUCAGUUGUGUAAAAUAUAAUUGGAUUUUACAGCAUUAAAAUGAAAAACAUGCACUAUAUCUGUCUAUAUAUAUUAAAAGUGACAGUUCACCCAAAAAUGAAAAUUCUGUCAUUUACCCUCGUUUCAAACCUGUAUGACUUUCUAAUCCUCUGUAGAACACAAAAGAUAUUUUGAAGAAUGGUGAAAACCGAGCAACGGUGGUAAGCUUUAUCUUGCAUUGGUUUUGUGUCUAUACAAUAGAAGUCAAUGGGUACUGCCUUUGUUCGGAGUAAAUGAUGACAAAAUUAAAAUGUUUGGGUGAACUAUCCUUUUAAUAAGCGAUUGACACAUCAAGGUUCUUUAUAUGAAAAUUGUCAUGUGUUCUUUAUUUAGUCCCUAUUAUGAAUUUAUGAUGUUGAUGUUGUAUGAUAGGAGAACAAAAUGCAUUGUUUAUUGUUGUCUGAUAUUUAAAAAAUUAAACAUUUUUGUCUA